UAUGCAAAUAUGUAAAUAUAAACGGUAUAUAAACGCUGGUCUUAGAGAAGUUCAGCACCUCCACACUGGACAGUUGAAGCUACCAGCGGAUACUGAAAAGAAAAAGGAGAAGAUAUUCUUCAAAAGUUUUGUGACAAACUCUCAGAUUAUCUUGUGUCCUUUCUUUAAUGAACUGUUAGACAUUUUAUAUUUUCUGUUUCAACAAAGAUACUAACAUCACCAUGAAGCUGGUGACUGUGUCUGCACUUCUCUGUGCAAUGAUGGCUCUAACCAUGGCUGUUGCCAAGAGUCACCUGGUCAAGAGGUCCAAUGGUUGUCCUCUUGGUUGGACUCGCAUCAGUGAACGCUGCUUUCUCUUUGUUCCAACCGCCAUGAGUUGGGCUAGAGCUGAGAGAAAUUGCUUGUCCAUGGGGGCAAACCUUGCAUCAGUGCACAGCAGCAGUGAGAACCGGAUGAUUCAGAGUCUGACUGCCCAUCAUGGCUACCCCGAAACUUGGGUUGGAGGAACUGAUGCACCCGAGGAAGGUAUUUGGUUGUGGAAUGAUGGGACAAGUUUUCACUAUUCACCCUGGUGCCCAGGAGAGCCCAAUAAUGAUCGCAAUCAGCAUUGUAUUCAAAUGAAUCAUGGAGAUUCCAAGUGCUGGGAUGAUAUGGGGUGUGAUCGUCAUCUGCCAUCUGUCUGCACCAAGAAAGUCUAAUGUUUCUUGGACUGACACUGAUGUAUGAAAUUCCCAUAAAACACACGCUGAUGUACGAUGGUGUUUGUGUUUCGCUAGCUCUUACUUUAUUUUGCAGCAUUAUAUUUUUCCUCUCUAUAGCACCCAAACAAAAUGAACAAUCAACACAAGUUGGGCUGUCAUUAAGGCCUUGUGACUUUAGUGGGAGCAGACUUGUUACCAAAGGAUUGAUUUUAUAUUUUUCUUCUGCAGAGAAAACUGUUCUCUUCUUUCUUUAACAUUAAAGCUUCAAACAAGCAUUAAAGCUUCAAACAAG